AUGCCGUCCCCAAAAAUCUCCGCAGCUCUGCAGCAAAUCACCGCCACGCCAGAUAAGCAACAAGCCUACCAGGCCCUCCUCUCCCAAGUCCAGCAAGCAUCCCCACCUGCGCAGCUCCCACAAGACCUCAUUGCCAUCCUUGAUGCCAUAUUUGCCGAUUCCCUAGGCAUAGUCGCAACAAGAUCACUCAGCGGCCUAUUUGUCCAAACCCUCAAAUCGGUCUCGAACGGCGAGACAAAGAUCACAGUCGGCGAACAUGCACUCGAAAUCUUCCAAGCCCAGGCGUCCUCUUUCGAAGAACAAAAUGCGCAAGUCCGAGAGCUCAUGGCAUCUGCCUACGAAGACGACGAAGAUAAUCUUGCUGCUGCGAAGGUUCUAGCAGGAAUACCCCUUGAAUCAUCUCAACGCAAGGUGACAAACGAAGACAAAGUAAAAUUCUGGAUCCGCAUCACCCGGAAUUAUCUCGAAGUCGAUGAUACGAUACUGGGGGAACAAUAUCUUAAUAAAGCGAAGAACCUCAUAUAUACAGUCUCAGAUCGGGAUCUGAAUUUACAUUUCAAACUUUGCCAAGCACGGAUUCAGGAUGCACGACGGGACUUUCUGACUGCGGCGCAGGGAUAUCAUGAUAUCAGUUUCUUGCCGGUUAUUGCAGAGGAAGAACGCCUACAUACUCUAAGUAUGGCUAUUAAAUGCGCUGUUCUGGCCCCAGCGGGACCUGCUCGCAGUCGCUCCUUGGGAAGGCUAUAUAAGGAUGAGCGAGCCCUUACGUUGGACGAGUUUCCCAUAUUGGAGAAGAUGUUCCUGGAUAGACUCUUGUCGCCCGAGGAGGUCACAAAGUUUGCUGAGGGUUUGGCACCGCAUCAGCUUGCCACAACCUCAGACGGAAUUACGGUGUUGGCAAAGGCAGUUGUCGAGCAUAAUUUACGGGCUGCCUCCCAAUUAUACACUAACAUUGGAUUUGAUGCGUUGGGCCUGUUGCUGGGCCUAGAGGGCGGUAAAGCUGAAGAAACGACGGCCAGAAUGAUCGAACAAGGCCGACUAGUUGGUAGGAUUGACCAGAUCGAGAGAGUCAUCUGGUUUGAGGCCGGUGAAGCUACAGGUGAGAAGGGCAGCGGAAGAGCCGAGGGUAUAGUCGGAAAGGAGCUGAGGAGAUGGGAUGCGAAUGUGCAAGGGCUGGCCGAGGAAGUUGAGAAAGUCACUUCGGAGCUACAACUACGAUAUCCUGACUUUGUUGCAGCGAAUCUAGUUGUAUGA